AGUUAAUAAACAAGAACCACCACCGACCCCCAAAAUGUCUUGGAUACCUCCUUUUACUGAUGAAAUAAAAGAUCCAAUUUCUAUUGUUAACUUGCUGGAAUCAAAGCAAACGAAUCUUGAUCCCCCUUCUAAACCUAUUACCAUCUCCAUUGUUGGUGCUGGGCAAAGAGGUUCUCUUUAUGCGACUUACGCUAAAGUUGAGCCAAAAUGGGCUCAAAUCGUUGCUGUCGCAGAGCCUGUAGAACAUCGGAGGAAAAUGAUGGCCAAGUUGUAUAAUAUUCCUGAAGAAAACGUAUUUGCUAAUUGGAAAGAAAUGAUUGAACGUCCAAAAAAACUAAGUGAUGCAGUUAUUAUUUCGACGCUGGACGAUCUUCACGUUGAGCCAGCAGUUGAAUUUGCGAAAAAGAAAUAUCAUAUUUUAUUAGAAAAGCCCAUAGCCCCUAAUAUUAAAGACUGUGUAGAGAUUACUAAGGCUGUUACAGAAAAUGAGAUAAUCUGUGCAGUGGGUCAUGUUUUACGGUAUACACCGCACAACAUUGUUGUUAAAAAGAUUAUUGACUCUGGGUUACUUGGAAAUAUUGUAAAUAUUCAACAUACGGAACCUGUUGGAUUUUGGCAUUUCGCGCACAGUUAUGUGAGGGGAAAUUGGAAAAAUGAAAAAACAUCCAAUUUUUCAUUAAUGACAAAGUGUUGCCAUGAUAUCGAUCUGAUGUCUUUCUGGAAUGAUUCGCCAUGCACGAAAAUUAGUUCAUUUGGUAGUUUAAUGCAUUUUAAUUCAAAAAAUAAACCGAAAGCUGCUGGUGAUGCAAAAUAUUGUUAUGAUUGUCCAGUCGAAAAAACCUGCCCUUAUUCUGCGAAAAAAAUUUAUAUCGAUAAUUGUUAUGAAAAAGGAGUAAGAUCGUGGCCUGUUAAUGUUGUUACAGAUAUUGUUGAUAUAGAACAUUUAGAAAAAGAAUUAAAAAAUGGUCCUUAUGGAAAAUGCGUUUACAAAAGUGAUAAUGAUGUUGUGGAUAAUCAGGUAGUGAAUCUCGAAUUCGCCAAUGGUUCAACAGCAAAUAUUACUAUGAUAGCAUAUACUGAAGCUAUUACUGAAAGAAAGGUAUGGCAAAUAGAAUGUGAUGGCUUUAAUACAAUAACAUAUUUCAAUUUCUUAACAAGAAAAAAAGAAAUAUUAACACCAACUACCAUUCUAAAUACUAAAGACCUAAGUGGUCAUGCUGGUGGUGAUAUGGCUCUAAUGCGAGCAUUUAUUUGUUCUAUUAAAGAAUCAUUAGAUGCUAAAAAUAGUACAAAUAAUUCAUACAUAAAAACUGAUAUUCAACAAUCUUUAGUUUUUGCAGCAGAAGACUCACGAAAAACCGGAGAAACAGUUAUAAUUGAAGAUUAUAAAAAGAUGAAAGGAAUUGAAUUUUAA